AUGGAGACAUAUGUCCCUUGCUUCAAAGUUGACGCGGAAUCAAUGACAGAUAUGGCGAGUCAGUAUGACCCGAGGGUACUAUCAUGUUUUAAUGAUGGCACGUACCAGAGUAACCAAUUUUGGUGUUUGAGAUAUGAGCUGAACAAGUGUCGGGGUUCUUUUGCUGAGCACAAACAAAAAGACAUCUCUGCUCGACUCACAAAAGUGCAAGAGCUCGCAAGUUUCGAUCUCAAUGAUAUUUUAGAGACAAAGGUUGACAUGGUUGUAAAAGAGUUGCUGGACAUUGCCAGGGCCAUCCCAGGGGAUAAACAUCAGAUUCGAAAAAGAUCUCGGAAACUGUUGUGGAGGUUGAAUGGAACUAAACACUCGCACUGCCGAUGGCAUGCUCGGCCAACGGAGAAGCGAACGGGUUAUAAUGCAGAAGACGAAGCAAAGAUAGAGCCAGAGGCAUGGUCUCCUGCUCGGGGGCGUGUCCUAGAUUGGCAGAAAAGCACAGGACACCUGGAGAUUAUCGACCUCUUGAUUGACAAGGACGCCAAAGUUGACACAGUGGACCAACUCGGGCGUACACCGUUACACCGUUCUGCUUUUCUAGGGCAUGGGGCAGUGACGACACUCUUGGUCGACAGAGGGGCAGUGGUAGAUGCGGUGGACAAUGGCGGGCAUACGGCGCGCGAUUUGGCCGAAGAGAUGGACGAGGAACCUGCGAUAAGGCUCCUGACGGGGAAGAGCCCGGUUUCUAUAUAUUUGAAGGCCGCUUGA